ACAUAUGCCAUCCAAGCAGUCCAUUUCCAUCUGUGAACUCACGACAGCAAGUUUUUGUAGCAAAGAGGGUCUGUAUCAGUACAUGUGUUAGAAAACAAAACAUGUGUUUGAAAUGGCAUUAGUCUAGUUAAAUUGGACUACGCAGAAUGAUCUAUGCCCACAAGCAAAAGAGGCUUAUUUAAAUGAAGAGGGGAAAGGGGAUUUCUCACAGAUCAGCGCAGAAAAAUGAACUCCACAGAAGACCUUGAAUAUCCGCACAUCCUAAUUCAGUACCAGAAUGGAUUUUUAAUAUCAAAGGUGAUGUUCACUGCCUGUGAGAUGGGGAUUUUUGAUCUCCUGAGAGAGUCAAAGGAGACACUGUCGACAAAGACCAUUGCAGAGCGGCUAGGCAGCAGCAUUCGUGGAAUGGAGAGGCUUUUGGAUGCCUGUGUUGGAUUGAAGCUCCUGAGAGUAGACAUAAAACAGGAAGGAGCUUUUUAUGGAAACACUGAAAUAUCAAAUCUCUACCUCACCAGAUCAGGUUCAAAGUCCCAGUAUCAUAAUCUGAUGUACUACUCCAAAACCAUCUAUCUGUGCUGGCACUAUCUGACAGAUGCCAUAAGGGAGGGGAAAAACCAAUAUGAGAGAGCAUUUGGCAUUUCAUCAAAAGAUGUAUUUGAGGCUCUUUACAGGUCAGAGGAAGAAAUGAUAAAAUUCAUGUAUGGACUGAAUGCAACUUGGAGCAUAUGUGGCAGAGACGUGCUAGCUGCAUUUAAUCUUUCUCCAUUCACUGUGAUUUAUGACCUUGGAGGAGGUGCUGGUGCUCUGGCCCAUGAAUGCAUUUCAUUGUAUCCAAACUGUACAGUUACAAUUUUUGAUCUCUCCAAAGUAGUGGAAACAGCAAAAAAGCAUUUUGUAUCUUCAGAGGAACAGCGGAUUACUUUUCAUGAAGGAGAUUUUUUCAAAGAUCCUAUCCCAGAAGCUGAUCUGUAUAUUUUAGCAAGGAUCCUUCAUGACUGGGCAGAUGAUAAAUGUGUGCAGCUGCUUACAAAAGUGCAAAAGGUCUGCAAACCUGGUGGUGGAGUCCUGCUUGUUGAAACACUUCUGAAUGAGGACAAAAGUGGGCCAUUGGAAAGCCAACUGUAUUCUCUUAACAUGCUUGUUCAGACAGAAGGAAAAGAGAGGACUGCAACAGAGUUCACCAAACUGCUUAUAGAAGCAGGUUUCCUGGAGACUGAAAUCAAGAGAACGGGAAAGCUGUAUGAUGCCAUUUUAGGCAGGAAAUAAUUUAGCCCCCGUUGCUUUAGAAUGCAAGUAAAGUGAGUAAUAAUAGACUAUGGUUCCAGCAGGGAUCCCUCCUCCAUCUAAUUCACUAGAUUAGCAAUUAUCAUAUCAGUAGCAAUCUAACAGCUAUGAAAUAUUACAGAAUGAUUUUGUUUAAUUAUAGUCUACCUUAAAAGAGUGCUGCUUGGCCCCUUUCUGUC